AUGGUGUCCAUGCUGGGCAGCUUGCAGAGGUAUUACCAGGUGACCCUCCUUUUCCUCCUCCUCCUGGCUCUAAAUGUCUUCUUGCUGACCUGCUUCCUGAAUGUGGACAUCAGGCUGUCCACCCUUUGGAUCUCCACAGAAGGGAAGGGGCACCAAUUUCCCCUGGGCCAAGUUGUAGAGGUCAUGUCCCCAGGACACCUGUGCCUGCCCCCUGGACUGUUCAGGGGCCAGGCUGAGCAGCCACCGGUCACCAACAUCAUGUUCCUCAAGAUGCACAAGACAGCCAGCAGCACUGUGCUCAACAUCCUCUUCCGCUUCACCGAGACCCACAACCUGUCCUCAGCACUGCCCAUCAGCCAGAGCUUCCACCUGGGCUACCCCUUGCUCUUCCUGGCAUGCUAUGUGGAGGGCAUGAGUGAGAACAGCCCAGGUCCUGCACGGCAUUUCAACAUCAUGUGCAACCACCUGCAGUUCAACCUGCCUGAGGUGCAGAAAGUCAUGCCCAAAGACACGUUCUACUUCUCCAUUCUCCGCAACCCCGUCUUCCAACUGGAGUAGUCCUUCACCUACCACAAGAGGUAUGUGCCGGCCUUUCGCAACGUGGUGAGCCUGGACGCCUUCCUGGCCUCCCCUUGGCGCUACUACAAUGCCAGUGCUGGGCUGCGCAACGCCUACGCACACAAGUGGUUUGACUUUGGCUUCGAUCACCAAGCACCGGAGGACGAGGGUUAUGAGCGUGCGCCCCUGGUUGACGUGGAGCGGUGCUUCCAGCUGGUGCUCAUUGCAGAGCACUUUGACGAGUCCAUGGUGCUGCUGCGGCUGCGGCUCCACUGGCAGCUGAACGACGUGAUCACCUUUAGGCUUAACGCACGCAGCCAGGGCUCCAUUACCAGGUUGGCGCCGGAGAGUCAGGAGGGCGCCAAGCGCUAGUGCGCUUUGGACUGGCGCCUCUACCAGCACUUCAACCGCAGCUUCUGUACCCAGCUGCACGCGGAGCUAGGCCCGAGGCAACUGCGCACGGAGGUGGCGCUUCUGCGGGUGCAGCGACAAGAGCUCACCGCCCUGUGCCUGGAGGACGGGGCGCCCAAGAACAAGAGUCAGAUCCGCGAUCCGAGCCUGCGUCUGUACCAGCCAGGGGCGGCCAACACCCUGGGCUACAACCUCAGGCAAGACCUAGAAAAUGCAACGCUGAGCAUGUGUCCGCGUACGGUGAUGCAAGAGAUCCAGUACACUGCCGACCUGUAUGCCCUGCAGUUCCCGAAGAAGCCCCCCCAAGAAAACGCAGUUCCUGGAGAAGUAGAGGAGCUGGUGCUGGGGAGGGCAGACACUGGAGCACAGUAA